GUUUCCUCGCCUUAUCUUGUCAAACUGCAGGCUGUCUUUUCUCAGCUCGUUUUUUCCCCCCCCCACAUCGCUCCACACACUUAUCAGUGAAAUUCUAAAGAUCCUAGAAUGAAGACAUUUCGCACCGCGACUGAGCUGUGGCGUGAUGGCGCUCGAGAGGACUGAUGUCUAGCAAACACAUUGCAAGGAAGCACUCUCGGGCUGGAGCGAUCUGGGAGCGACAUGAAGGGAAGGGAGUCGAGUGGAAGACCAACCCUGAGGUCGACAAGGCCAUAUCUUUAGAAGUGGGUCGAGUUGUGGGCAGUCAUUUCGACUACGUGCUCUCUGACACUAAAGGUAAAGAAUGGUGCUGUGUAAUUACUAGAUUGAGUGAAGCCCUAUACAGCUUCCCACUACUUUGUGUGUAGCUGUAAUGUUUAUACUAAUUUAUACAGUUAAUAUUUUAUCUUUAAGCUUCGCUUUUCUUCUUCUUCAAUUUAUCGAUCAUUCUGGCAUCCUAUGCAUUUAGAGGGGAUUUGCAAUGUUUCUGUUCCUGGUGUUGAAGAAGAUAGUUCACUGGUUGCAAAGGCCACUCAGUGAGGGUAUCAUGAACUGGGGGGGGGGGGGUCGGAGGGCCUGAGGCAAAGACGCAAAUGUGUCAAGGGCUGUCACAUAACUCUUGUACCACGAAAUAAGAUGUCAAAGAUUUUGAAUAUUUAUUGAAAACUCAAUAAACAUCUCAUUUGUUAAUUUUUUUUUGGUGCUUUUUAAAAAUGUAUAAGUCUUACAUAUAAAUGCCCUUUAAACUGCUUAAUUAUAGUUUUUGUUAUUCUAAACAUAAUUUUUCACUGCCCCGUCCAUUUGAAAGCAUACUUUGUUGUUCUAUUUGACUGAAAUAAAUCUAUUUUUAGGCCUGGAAAUUCCAACCAUUUCUUGCUUCACAAUAAAUCCCUUUAAUUAAAGAUGAUUAAAUAGUAAGUUAAAAUAUACUGAAGCCUCGGGAAAACCGGAAGAUGAAGGGUAGAUUACUCAAGUAGAUUAUUACUUUCCUUUUGACUUAGUUAUUUGCGACGACAUGAGGCCACACAGCUAUUUUGUGUGUGACUUGGUUCAUUGUAAACGCGAGAGCUCGUUAUCAUGAUCCUUCCUGGAAUCAACCCCAACUCUUUUAUCAUCGCCUGCAGGUAUUCUUAGAAGCGUACAUAUUUUCAAUUUUGGCCAUAAUUGUAUUUGUAGAACAACAAAUGGGACGCAAUGCGUUGGUGGUCAACUUAAAAAUAGGUUAACAGUCCCGCCCUUGACUGCACUAGGGAAGUAGAAAGUUCCUACACUUAGUUAUGAUCAAGCGUUUACCUGGCAUCCGUCCGUCACGAUGUGACGAUGCUGUACGACGACUUCAAAAGGUUUGGCAUUUUGUUUUUCUGCAGGAGGUUAAGCGGAUUCUCUAAACGGGAACUCGCCUAUCUCCCCCCAAACCUGGAUAACCCAAAGGGAACACCAUAUGUCGGUGAUACAGCUUGACACCAGUAGCGUCGCGGGAGCUGUCGGAUUCUCUAAACGGGAACUCGCCUCUCUCCCCACACCUGGAUAACCCAAGGGGAACACCAUAUGUCGGUGAUACAGCUUGACACCAGUAGCGUCGCGGGGAGCUGUCGGAAUUUUUCAUUGCAUUCAUGUAUCCGCCUACGGGACUUCAUCUCCGGGUUUUGAUUUCAGAGUUUCCUUCUCUUAGAUGAGUUGCCAGCCAAGGUUAACGGGUCCCAUCUACCCGGCGUGCUGGUGUUGUUUUUGCUUGACUUGGCCUUUGGUGGGGAUUGAUUUCCAGCGUGGGGUUGACACAGUUUAGACCACAUGACAUAUUAACUAUGGGAUUUUCUUUGCAAAUUAAAUUUCUUGAUAUUUUUUUCAGAACGGAGUUCAAGCCGAGGCGACUCCAAUUCAAAUAACGCUUUUAACAACGAUUCUGACAACGAGAAAAGUGUGGACUUAGAGCAAAGUGAGGAUGGUGAGGAUGGUGAGGACGAUGAGGACGAUGAGGUUGGCACUGAGGCAGACAACGUAGACAACAGAGAGGAGACCCCAGCUGGGCCUGCUGGGCCUGCUGGGAGUGAUCACAAUGGGGAAUCGUUAGAACCCACCGAUCGGACCCCUCCUGCAGCUGGACCGCAUGACGUAAACGUCAAUCGUGAAAAUGACCGCACUGAUAGGCAAUACAAUGGACGCGGUCGAGGGAGAGCUUCCGGUCGGACAGGGCAACCCAAUCGUCCAGCUGUCGUCGACUACGGCCUGCCUGAUGAUGUAGGGGGUUUAGUCGACGAGGAUGAAUUUGAAUUCGUCUUCGACCUGGAGCCAAGUUCAGAUGUUGACCCUGCAGUGCUACCCGAUACGCUCGCCGGGCCUGUUCCCACAGUGCUCCAGGCAAGAGAAGCACCUGUUGCCGGUGGCUCAGUUUUGCCGAUCGCUCCAGAGGUCCAGCCGGUGGUAGUUCCACCAAUACCGACUUUUGAUAUUCCGCUCGACGCACCCGCCGCGCCCGUAACAAAUGCGGUAAGGAAUCCUAUGAAUCCAGCGCGCCAAACAUUGAUGACGGCGGCCAGGCCCGAACUCUUGGCAGAUCUUCUCACGGAUUCUGGAGAAAGCAUUCACGAGAGACACCAACAACAGCAGCAGCCCUGCUUGAAGAUUUCCGACAUCAUUUACAGCGACUACGUCUGCUCUGCCGGCAGCAGUGACGAAGCCGAGAUUCCCAACAGUCAAGAUGACGACACGACAGCUGAGAGUAUGGCGACUGCCUCAUCUUCUCUGAGACAGGAAGUGAAAAUUUCUUUAAAUUUGAAAACUAUUGACGUCACUCCCAUAGGCCUGGUUGGUGAUGGUAUCAAUGUUGCCCUACCGAGCCAUGACGUUUCCGCUGACAAGGAUCGCACGGAUUCCCAAGACGAUUUGGUUAAUGGAAACGUCGACAAAAACAGCCCAUCCGGCAGCGCGUCUGUCAGCGAUGACGCCAGCCAAGACGAUCAAGAUAUGGCCUCGGCUGAACACGACUUUAGGAGUUUAGACUACGUUUUGGUAAGGGAGCCUUUAAACGUUCUCGGCGAGAGAACGGAGCAGGAUGCGGACGCGCUCUUAGAACAAGUUAUCAACGGCGUUAGAGACAGAGGCAUGGGCCCAAAUAGUUUUGAUGAGCUGGAGGUUGCAUCCCCGGAACAUGCGUCCUACGACCGAGAAAUGUCCCGAUCAACAGAGAAGUCGAGCAAUGCUACAAACUCGGUGAGCUGUAACAACGCAUCGCUUAGCGAUGACAUGCCCGAUAAAACUGACGGCGAGGCCUGCCUGUCCUCACCCCAGUCCAGCUCCAUUCAGUCGGACGACCAUCUCAUGGAAUGCGACACCCAAGCCAAUGCCAGCGUUCAGGCCAAGGACGAUGAGCUGCUGAGUCCGUUGGAGUCCUUGACGGGUGUUUACAACACGACCAGUAGCUUCCACGACGAUGUUGGGGAACCGUUCAUCCACCAUGUUUCCAAUGUUGACGAUGUUUUGGCGGAUUCCUCCAGGAGGAUGUGCUCCGGCUUAGAAGAAUUGUCUGGUAAACCAAUUUGUGAUGAUGAAUACGAUUGGUCGAUGUCAGUGGUCAAUAUGACAUACGGUGGUGCCAAAAGUAGCACGACGCCGACAGAAAGAGAUCAUCAUCAUGACGGACGGUUGCACGAGGAGACAUUCCCAGUUGAUGAAUGUAGACUUGGAAACGACGAUGAAAAUAACUUUGUCUUUGGACAGAAGGAAACCAUGGAAACAUUUGAACUAGAAUUAAAUAGCCAGAAUGAAUACAAUCAAGAUCAAAUCUCAUGCACGGAAAGUUGCCACGACAGCUGCCAAAAAGAUGUGGAAGAAAACGCAAGAAUAUUGUGUUCAGUGCGCACGGAAACCGACAAGAGAAAUUCGUAUGGAGACGUUGAGCCGCACCCUUACGAAAAUAAUUCACAAACAUUUGCAUUAAGUCUUGCUGGUGACUCUGGAGAAGAAGAAUGCAAUGAGGUUUAUAUCAAUCCACUAGAACAUACUACAACACCACCUCAUCGACAAUGCUUUAGUUUGACGGAUCGUAAGGUAGACUCUUGGCCAGAGGAUUUACCUGACAACACCUCAGCUACCGCAGACAUGUAUGAAUGUGGCGUAUCACAGAGCCGCCACAGCACUGUUGGUGUUGAAGAUUCGCCACCGCCAAUAGACGUGGGGCCUAAAGUUAGUGAGAACCGUUUUCAAGGCUAUGACACCUUAGAGGCAUGUGUUGAGGCAAACAAUGUUGUUGUAAGUGGUGUGGCUUCAGAGAGCGUGUUUAUUGGAGACAGGUUUGAUGAAGAUCACAAAAGUCUGGAAGAUUUUUCACUGGUAGCAGAUGUGGCGUCUAAAAAUGGCGACAACCGGUUUCAGGAUAAUGAUAACUUAGAAGCAUGUGUCAAGGCCGACAGCGUGGCUUCAGACGAUGAGUUGAUUAUGGAUGAGUCAUCUGUCGAUCACAAUGGUGUUGAAGAUUUGAUAGAAGUGUGUACUCAAAAAGUGGACUUGAAUCUUUCAGAUGUGACUAGCACUGAGCUCAAAUCAAUGGACUUCAGAGCAUGCAAUCAGUCUUCUUCUGAUGCAUCCACCCAUCUUGAUGGUGCACACCCAUCAGAAACAUGUUUCAGGGAAAAUCUCUACGAGUGUGCGUUUAUUCCCCAAACUAGAGAAAGCCAGACAGAGAGGAUGGACACAAUACGACCAAAACACGACCAUGGAAACUUUGGUAUAGCUGAAAACGGAGAAGCAGCUCAAGAUAGAGUAGUCUUAGAUACCUCAGAUGAGCACGACACCAUCAACGAUGACAAACUGCGCGAUGAUGUUACUGCAGACAGCCAAUGCCUUGAUCGACAUCAAAUCAAUCUUCACAGUCAAGGAUGUCAUGAUGAAGAAUUAAAUAAGGACAACUCGGAGGCCGAACUCCAAGUAAUUAAUGGAAGCUGUGCAGGCAAUGAACUCACAGAGCGUGUUACAAACUCGCAAAAGGAUCAGGAACAUGUCAAUGAAGAAUUCCUCCUUUCUGUCAAAGAGGGUGAACACAGUGAGACUGAUGGGACUUACGCUGUGACAAGAAUUCAAAGUAAAGUCCGUGAUGACGUAUACUGCGAUGUACCAAUUGCAAAUUUUUCGGAAGAAAAGAUGUAUGAUGACGUUAGCGAUGCAGCUGAUAUCGGCGGUGAAAAUUGGGCACCGCAACAAGAACUAGAGAAUUUAACAGAAGCACAAAGUAUGACGAGAUCCAUUGAUGCCGCAUCUGCGAAUGAGGAAUUUCCACGGUGCAAAGAUUAUCAUGUUCAAAUUGUUGAUCACUAUCGUUUAGAGUUAACAAAAGAUGAGAAUGACCGUUAUAGUGACUCAGAGGUAGAACAAGAACAUUGUGACACUGCCAAAGAUUUAGAGGUUGCCCAAGAUCAAAAUGAUUCCGUCAGUCAUUUAGAAUGUGAUAAAGAACACGAAGACACAGCCAAUGACGUUGAGACUGCCAUAGAGCACAAAGACCCUGUCAAUGAUGUAGAGACUGCCAUAGAGAACAAAGACCCUGUCAAUGAUGUUGAGACUGCCGUAGAGCACAAAGACCCUGUCAAUGAUGUUGAGACUGCCAUAGAGAACAAAUACCCUGUCAAUGAUGUAGAGACUGCCAUUGAGAACAAAGACCCUGUCAAUGAUGUUGAGACUGCCAUAGUAAACGAAGAUCCUUUCAAUGAUGUUGGGAUCUACCGAGAACACGAAGACACUGUCAAUGAUGUAGAGGCUGCCCUCGAAACUGAAGACCCUGUCAAUGAUGUAGAUAUCUACCGAGAAAACGAAGACGAAUACGCUGUCAAUGAUGUAGAGACUGCCAUAGGACAUGAAGACCCUGUCAGUGACGUAGAGACUUCCCUAAGACACGAAGACACUGUCAGUUAUCUAGAAAAUGCCCUAGAAGCCGUGCACGCUAUGAAUGAUGCCGAGGUUUCGCACGUACAUUCAGCCCAAUUAAAUAAUGUAAAGUCUGCCCAAGAACAUAUUGAGCCAAACAAUGACUUGGAUGUUGUCCAAGAACGAUAUUAUGAUAUCAACUAUUCGGAUAUUUGCCAAGAACACGAUGAAAUAGAAUAUCUUCUAGGGAGUGAUUAUAAAAGAAUUAACGAAGACCAAGGCACAGAUGGUUUAGGCAGCUGUGCUGUUGAAGAAAAAGAUGAAAUCUGCUCCACUGUUGAGGUAAGGACACGAAAAGAAUCAAACGAUACACUCGAUGAGAAUUAUGGUAUGCCAGAUGGCGCUCCGGUCACCAUGGCAACUUCUUUACAAACAUUUAAGUCAUCAAUCGGUGUGUUGGAGGAAUGUGGUCUGAAAUGUAGAGCUGGUGAUGAAGUGAGCUGUGGGGAUGAGAAAUGUAGAGCUGGGGAUGAAGUGAGCUGUGGGGAUGAGAAAUGUAGAGCUGGUGAUGAAGUGAGCUGUGGCGAUGAGAAAUGUAGAGCUGGUGAUGAAGUGAGCUGUGGGGAUGAAGGGGAAUAUAAUGCAUUGUAUCCGGUUUACGAACGGUCAAGAAAUGAGCCUGGUCUAGACGAUGUCACGAAACGCCACGGAACCGGUUUAGAAGGUCAAGGUGAUUGGAGGGAAGGUCCUAGAAGGGAUGACACGAAACCUGCAUCGGAUCAGCCCGCUAACGAUUGUGACGUAGAUCUGGCUGAUGAGUUAUUUCCGGCCGAGACCGUUAAAGCCAGAGCAGGCGAUGAAAACGUAAGCAUAGACAGGGAAGAAAAGUUUCUAUAUCAAGAAUAUGAAUCAGAACUUGUUACUGGCCGAAAGGAGAAAGAAAACAGUAAUGCGUUUUUUGAUUUUGAAGGUGGUGAAAAUUUCAUAAGUCAUCAAGAAAAAAUCAGCAGAGUACGUAAAGAGAUAAACUUUGAUGCGAAUGCAAUAGUUUUAAAAGAAAAAAAAGUUAGAUUUGGACAUUUUGAAGAAGGAGAUCAAGCCACUAUCGGGAAAGACCAUCAUACAAACUGCGGAAACGAAAAUGAGUCUGGUGAGCUUGGUGCAUCGGCUCCAGAAAAUGUUAACACCAUUAUCGAUAAUUGUCAGGAUAACGCUGCUGAAAUAAAUGGUAACCUUUGGGAUGUGGAACAUAAGGAUGAGGAGAAAUUUCCGACAGGAUCUUCUUUUGAGGAUGUUAUUGGAGAUAUAAUUAGUGUUUACGACGAUAUUACCGACACUUACAAUUCUGUUGACAGUGACACUAAAACUCCAAAUGAAUUUGGGGGGCCAACUCGAGGGUUAUCUAAUAGUAGCCUGGAACUGAAGCCCCCAUGUAGGCCCGCGACACCUGACAAACAGAACGGGCUGGAAGAUUUUGAUGCCAUGCUUGCAAAUAUACGCGUGUCAUGCGAAGAAAGAAUACAAGAAGAAAGUGGGAAAAUUCAAGGUAAAGAAAAUCAGAUUGAAUACACUAAUGAGGCCGGAGAAGCCCUAGUCCAACCUGGCAACCAACGGUCUGGCAUCCCUGAAGAUGUGAGGUUGAAUCAGCCUAUGGAAAAAAGUUUGAUGGACCAAAUAGUGGAACGUGUUGCAUGUGACGCAGAGACAUCAGUUAGCAAGACCGUCCACACUGCCGUUGUUGAGGCAACAGACCCGUGCGCAUUUAACACAGAGACUAUUGGUCGCCUGUCUCCAGAACAAUUCAUCACUGCUGACGCACUAGACCAGGAAGUGGAGCAAUGGCAUUCAGAAGAAGAUUUCUAUGAUGAUGACGACAUCCUUAAGGUAGUGGGUGGUAGAGAUGAAAGCAUGCCGUCUAAAAGUGAGAACACGGCUGGGCCAUCUCAGGCUGAGUCACUGUUGAAUGCGGACAUGAAUGUGGUCGAAGUGCAUGUACACAUUGAUCUUUACGAAACGCGAACAAUAUCAGGGGAAGGAGAUCAAAGCGGGUUUCUUCAAAAUGCAGGCGAAUCGGACAACCCUGGUGGAGCCGAGUCUGAGAACAUAGACAAUAUUUCACACCAUGGAGCUGAGACUCAAAACACAGACCCAACUACACCUCGCGGACCUGAGAGUGACAACAUAGACUCAACUAUAGCCCGUGAAGAUGUUGGAGAUAACAUAGACACUGGAACACCACGUGAAGAUUGGUUUGGCAGCACAGACGCUAAAUCACCCUGUGAACCCGAGCGUGUCAACAUAGACGCUGACACAACCCGUGUAGAUGGGUUUGAGAACGUGGACGCGGAUAAACCUCGUGUAGAUGGGUUUGAAAACAUGGACACGGAUACCCCCUGUGGAGAUUGGUUUGACAACAUAGACACAGAUACACCACGUGAAGUCAAGCGUGACAGUGACAUUGAAACAGCAGUUUCUUUUUAUGCCGGAGUGGAUUCAAAUAGUUUAGAAGACGCGCACGAGGCAGCUCUGCGUCACUCAGAAUGUCACCCGAGCCUUGCUGGCACAACACAAGGCAUCUUACCGGAAGUAUUUUCAUUGGCUGUAGGGAUAGUUCCACAUGUAGUUACAAGUGGAAUGUCUUCCUAUGAUGAUGGGGAAUUUUGCCAUCAAAAGGAAGCGUCUCAGGAAGAAAAAUGUGAUAAGGAAGCAAAUCAGCAUCUCCAUGUCGAUGUUACACCAAUGACGAAUGCCAACAUCCCCACGACACCGAUGCCAGCCCGGACAUCCCCUAAACCGUCUCACCUACAGACCAGGUCUAUGACCGCAGCUGACAACGUGACCUUGGCGGAGUCUCGCUACGAGUUGGACCCUGCAGCAAAGGUUAUCUUAGAGGCGACUGAUCUCUGGCUAAACAAGAUUUCAGACAUGUGCCAGACGCCAACGAUAGAGAUGGAGGAAGGCAAGCUCCAUGAGAUUGCUGACAAGUGCACAUCCGAGUUGCUUUCUUUGGUGAAGAGCCCCAGUGAAGAAAAUGGCAAAGAAGAGAGCCUUUCCAGUAAGUCCACUCCCAGGGAUGCUAUCAACUGUGACUUGUCAUCUUCAGGGAAGAGUGUCACGCCGUCGAAUGGACCUAACGUUAAGAGCUUGUCAAAACCACCAUCGGUCAAUAUUUCUAGAAGAUCCGCAAGCAUGUCAAUGUCAACUGAGGGUGUGCCCAAGUCCAGUAGCGGUACAUGCUCCCCAGGUUUAGUUAGCUCCAAGCAAGGGAUCUCCAUGGGCGGACACCGGUCAGCGAGUACCACUUCCUCUACUGACAUAGACAUCAUUAUGUCUCGGUCAGGCACAAGGCCGAAUUCUCGCACCGAUGGUAUCUUCACAAAAGAUGGUCCGCCCAGUAUGACAAGCUCUGCUUCAACAAGCGGUGCCGGCGGCGGUAAAAGUGGCGGCAUUUCCGAUAGCGAGGCUUCAUUAGCGGGCAAAAAUAGAACAAGCACGAGUGAUGCCUCUAUGAUAAUCGUAGACCUUCCCAUCGUUACGAUAAACAAACAAAAAGAGAAUGGCAUCGGAUCUAUGGGUAACUUGAUUCCCAGAAUUUGUAUGCCCGAGGGCGUCCAGAAUGUGAACGACACGAUGCUGACUGGCUUGAGGCCCCACAGUUCAGGAACCACGCACGCCAUUCAAGUAAACAGACCGUUGAUAGCCCGGCCACUUAGUUCAAGGUCCAACGAUGGAAAAACACGAGGCUUUGACCCUGCUCACGAAGAACGAAGGGGCAUCCAAGCUCCCCAAAAAAAUGCCGGGGUUUUAGACUUAACCGAUCAAACUCUCCAGCAAGCUGACGUUACGACGAAAUCACCAGGCAGAAGUAAAACAGUUGUGCUCCCAUCAAAAAAGCCCACAAUUGACCAGUGCCACGAACCACACCCUCCACCUGUUGGUAAAGCAGAAAACGUUGGACCCAAAUUUAAACGGGAAAUAAAGACAGAAAACGGUUUCACGCGAAUCGCACUCCGCGCUAACUCUGGUACACGCAUGCUGAGCAGUCCGAAUGCUGAAGAACAAGUAACAAAGUCACAAGCUGUUCAGGACGGAUCCAGCCCCAGGAGGGCGGUCACUUUGACCCCAAGAAGGAUUUUAAAAUCUCAGGGAACGAUUUGCGACAAUGACUUGAACGAAAAAGUGAAGGGCGGUCGCCAGCUGUUUGCACAGGUUCAGUCGAGCCCGCGCACAUCGUCGUUCACUCAGACAGAUCGAUUCGGACGUCAGUCGGGUCAGCCCAGCGGCUUCACCCGAGGCAAGCAGAACACGUCACCAAGAGGGACGGGGGACGGUGAGGGCAAGGAGAGGCGUGGCAGAGUCUUAUCCGUGGGAAUAGGAGAUGGGGCGAGCGUGGAGAAUGCCCUGAAGGAACGCACGAAAACGUCUCCGGACGGAAGCCUCUCGCACGUGACGUCGCGCGGAGAGGUGAAGGCCGCCAACGAGAUCGAGGCCAUCACACAGUUGAACAGGCAGCGCAUGGAGCGUAAGCCUUGUAAAAGUUUUCUAACAUUCCUGGACAGUCGUAUGCCAGAUACCAUUCUGAAAGUUCAAUGAGCUAAACGUAGAUAUUAAAAUUCUACUUCGCGAACAUAUAUUAUUUCACUGGAACGUAGGGGGUUAAAAAAUUGUUUCGCUUUAGAGAAGAUAACGGGAAAAGAAAUUUUGAAAGAGUUUUUUUUAACAAUUUGAUAUAGGUUGAGUGACAAUAUAUUUUAUUUUUUCUUUGUUUAAAAUCUAACCAAAUUACGACACAGUUAUGCAGGUAGUAGAUGAUCGUAUUUAAUAAUACAUUAAGUUGGGAUUACUCCUUGCUCAUUGUCUUACUUGUAACCUUACUUGAACCAGCUUUGAUUUCUACAACUAAAAGUUUUUACUAAAAACAUGGGAUAUUUGUAAGAAUGCUUACCUACAACUCUUAGGUUUGUGCUCGAUUCCCUGAUUAUCUCUUUUCUUUUGAAAAUAUGUUUUGGAAGAAGUCAUUUAUAAAAAUCAAUCUCCCAUUUCCUCAAUCGAUGACAUAAAAUAAAAUGACAAAAUAAAUAAAAACUAUUAUAGUAAUUUUUUUGUGUGGGGAUGGUGGGGGUGGGGGGGGGGUGGGGUUUGGUUACAUCUCAUAAGCUGAAGACAUUAAGUUAUCCUGUCUUUAUCACUAUUAUAAGCCCCUGUUGUUUCUAUUUUCAGCUCUGAAAUUGCGCGAACACGCCAAGAAGAGACCCAAGGCAGUUAAGGUAUAUUCUGACAAUAUUUUACCAUACUUUCUAGUUGUAGCUCACCAAACAUUGGCGAUAGCCAUGAGUUUACUUGCCAAAAGUUACUUGACAAAACAUGAACUCGAGUAACUCACAUUCAAGGAUCCCAAUUUUUGCUACACCCCUUCCUUCAAUGAUACGCCACUGCACAUUUUUUAUUUCACGCCCAUGAACUAUACUAAAUAUUCCUUUGUCCCAACCCCUUGUAAACCGAAUAUUAAUUACACCAUAUUUAAACUGAGACGAUUUCAUUAUCCGAAAAGAAAAUAUUUCGCGCCAAACGCAGUUGCGUUAUUUAAAACAAAAACAAAAAAUAUAUUUUGCGCGCUAUACGGAAACAGCGCCAUCCCCCCCCCCCCCACAACCCCCCACAUAUACGUCACAAAACACAAAGCAGAUAGCAAAAGCUAAGAAAAUAAUCUCAGAGCAAAUACGCUGAAUAGGAAGCAGCCAGCUUCAGCCGGAAAUGGAAUCAGUCCACCAGAAGCGUCAUAUCUAUAAGAGAUUUCAUCUAACCUGCCAAGUUUUGUAAUGCAUUCAUUUUGUUGUGUAUUUAUGGAAUAUAACAUACUGCUUUUGUUUUACUGUCCACAAACAAUUGCACCUGAAGGUUAACCCUGAUAUUUCUCAUAACUCCACGUGAAGAACUUUAAAAGUAUGUAUGAUGUUGGCCUGGUUCACAUUAAAAUAUUGAGCAUUAAUAUCAUUACACUGUUCUUCUUGGCCAGAUGAUGACGAUGCAAGAAUUCGAAAAGAUUCAAGCUGAACGUCACCUGACUCAAGCCUUUGCCCGCAUACAAAGCAGCAAGCCUUGCGUGGAUUGCCAUAUGGAUGCGAAGGUCAUGGACAAAACUGGAGUGUAAGUGUUCACUCUCAACUGUAAGAUUGCGUUGAAGCAAUCCUAUUUUAGUAAUAUAUGUCACCUUCCUCAUCAUAUAUACUUAAGAUCAGCUCGAUUUGGGCGAAUUCUUUCCCUCAAACUUUGGACUGAAAUAUAUUUUUAAAAAUAAUUUAUGCCCCCAAUCAAUCAGACUGUACCAGCUUGCUUCACUUUGUGUUACAAAAUCUACAUAAUGGCUCUUAAAGUCAAGACUGUCACUAAUUGUGUCAAGUUCUAUAGCGUCGGACUAUUUAUUUUUUUUAAAUAAAAGAAUCUCAUCUACCUCAUUUAAAUAUCGCCGUUUUGGGUAGCGUGGUUCUUGAACUGAUAGGGAAAGUAGUAUUAGUAGAAUCUGGUUUAUCGUUGAGUUAUGGCAAAAAAAAAAAAUCAAUCUGAAACCUUGGGGAAAGCUUGAAAAUAGUUUGUCAAGUGCUACAUGUGUUUGAUAAAGAUGGUAAUAGCAGAGCAGUCAACAAUGAGUGUUUGAUAAAGGUGGUAAUAGCAGGGCAUUCAACAAUGAGUGUUUGAUAAAGGUGGUAAUAGCAGGCAGUCAACAAUGAGUGUUUGAUAAAGGUGGUAAUAGCAGGGCAUUCAACAAUGAGUGUUUGAUAAAGGUGGUAAUAGCAGGACAUUCAACAUUGAGUGUUUGAUAAAGAUGGUAAUAGCAGAGCAGUCAACAAUGAGUGUUUGAUAAAGGUGGUAAUAGCAGAGCAGUCAACAAUGAGUGUUUGAUAAAGGUGGUUAAUAGCAGGGCAUUCAACAAUGAGUGUUUGAUAAAGAUGGUAAUAGCAGGGCAUUCAACAUUGAGUGUUUGAUAAAGAUGGUAAUAGCAGAGCAGUCAACAAUGAGUGUUUGAUAAAGGUGGUAAUAACAGGGCAUUCAACAAUGAGUGUUUGAUAAAGGUGGUAAUAGCAGGGCAGUCAACAAUGAGUGUUUGAUAAAGAUGGUAAUAGCAGAGCAGUCAACAAUGAGUGUUUGAUAAAGGUGGUAAUAGCAGGGCAUUCAACAAUGAGUGUUUGAUAAAGAUGGUAAUAGCAGGGCAGUCAACAAUGAGAAAUAAAACUCCGGCUUUCGAACAAACGUCUUUAUGCUAAAGCAACCCCCCCCCCCCACGGGGCACCCCGCUCAGGGACUUGGUGGAAGUGAUUGUAAAGGGGGCUACUUGGGCCAUGCACAACACUAUUGGCACACCACUACGGCGGUUCAGUCAAACUAAUAAAAGUGAAUAUUUUCUUACCCCAGUUCUGCUGCUUAUGUUUCAAAAUUCAGUUUUUUUUUUGUUUUUUUGUUGGUGGGGUUUGGGGGGCAUUCUAAACCGGUUUACUUAAAUUUGACAAGGUUUUAAUUUUUCUGUCGUAGUUUUUUAAAAAAAGGAUUGAGCUAUGUUCAGCAUCUAACUGAGCUAGUCAAUCCAAUUAUAACAUGGACCGAACAUUAACCGUUACUUAUUCGUUCUCCGCCCCCCCACCCCCCCCCCCCCCAAAAAAAAAAAAAUAAAAAAAAUCCAACGUACCAGGUCGACAAAAAGACGACGGGAGAGAGUGAACUACGACUCACUGAUAGCCUUAGAGAAUGUCAAGUUUUUGGAGAUGUUGAGAUUCAAGAAGUCAGCCUACGACAGGGAUGAGCAGCUCAAAGAUUUCAAGGUAAGUUACUGAAUAUGAACUUGUAUGCAACGGGAUACUUGGUAUAAAAGUGUAGCCCACCCUUGGACAUCAUGCCUCAUACAUCAUGCCUGAGACAUCGUGCCUGAGAGAUCAUGCCUGAGACAUCGUGCCUGAGACAUCGUGCCUGAGACAUCGUGCCUGAGACAUCAUGCCUGAGGCAUCAUGCCUGUUACAUCAUGCCUGAGACAUCGUGCCUGAGGCAUCGUGCCUGAGACGUCAUGCCUGAGACAUCGUGCCUGAGACAUCGUACCUGAGACAUCAUGCCUGAGACAUCGUGCCUGAGACAUCAUGCCUGAGACAUCGCGUCUGAGACAUCGUGCCUGAGAGAUCGUGCCUGAGACAUCAUGCCGGAGAGAUCGUGCCUGAGACAUCAUGCCUGAGUUAAUUAAUUUACAUAUCCAUUAGCGUUUCUACAAAGUAAGCAUUGUGUUGCGGGCUAUAGAGUAAAACGAGACACGCCUGCUGAAAUGUAAUGCUAUAAAUGUGAAAAAACCCCCCUAAAAACAACGAUUUACUUACAAAUCCUUUCUGUGCAUUUGUUAUUAUCUUACUUUAUAUUGAUAUUUUAAUGUCUCAUUUCGCUUUUACACAGCAGAUUUAUUUUUUGCACCAAAUAGUUCAGAAAAACGAAAGAAAAUAUUACGCACCAAACGCGCUUGCGUUAUUUUUACGAAUUUCAUUUAGCGCAGUUAUCGGGAAUUCUAUUUCAUGAAAACAGUGGCAUUAUAUUUCUUUCAUCCUCUCUUUGGAAAAAAACAACAACCGGAAAAGCGGAUUUUUUUUUGGGGGGGGGGGGGCUGGGGCUGAAAAUUUGUUAGAAUGUGUUGUCAUCAGCAAUUAGUCUAUGUGCCAAGUUUGAGAUCGAUAGUUUUACGGGCCGUGGGUCAAUUGGCCAAAAAAAAAAGCAAGGUAAAAGGGGUUUUUUUUUUGGGGGGGGGGGGGGCUGGGGCUGAAAAUUUGUUAGAAUGUGUUGUCAUCAGCAAUUAGUCUAUGUGCCAAGUUUGAGAUCGAUAGUUUUACGGGACGUGGGUCAAUUGGCCGUCCUAAUAUUUUGCCAGCCAGAAAUACACGAACAAAAGCGACGUUAAUGUAAAGAUUUUUUUAUUUUAAAGCCAUAGUUUGAAGUAUUUCCAUAUCUGAUCAGAAAAGUUACAAGCACAUGAUCAUGCUGGGAAGGCAUCCCGCGGGCUGGAAGGAAACACGAGGCGUGGACAAGCUGCUGACCAAAGGAAAACACGAGGAGGGGAGCAGUCAGAAACAUGACAUCUUAGGGUGAGUCGGUUGAAUAUUGCCUUUUAUCUUAAGGUUCUUGUUGGCUAUGUAAAUAGAUUUGAUAGAGGUUCUAAAGUAAGCGAGGGCUGCUUGGGGCAUACAUCACGGCAACCAUCCUCGAUGGACCAAGACUCUUUCUUUGUUCUGUGGUGGAACACUUUAGGAAACGCAGAGAAUAUUACACAUCAAAUGUAAACGUGGGCCUCUGUAACACAUGAAUUUGAUAUUUUAAAACUUUAAGUAUAUUAUAUAUGUAGCCAUAUUUAAAUGUAUUUUCCAGAGCAUCUGCUAGAAUUUAAAAGUUGUUGUUUUUUUCACAUUCGCGAAUCAAAUCUUUAAAGUUAAAUAUAGAGUUAAUUAAUUUUGUUUUACAUUUUUUUCUAUUCCCAUCCACAGAAUCUGAAGUAGACUCGUUAAAAAGCAGAAUUAAACGAAGACAUUUUCACACGCUAUUCAAAAUUGUUCUUUUUAUUAUAAAAUAAGUAAAAAAAAACAAAAACAUAAAUAUAUCUAUUAUAAAGAGGUAACAUUUGUCACAUGAGAUAUUCACUUAAUUCGAGCUCAUACUUAUCUAUUCCAAGCGAAUUAAAGACACGCCUCCGUCCAUCGACUGGCCACACUCAACACCACCAGCAGUGGGAGGCAUUACUCUAAGGUCAAGAUAUUCUAAGAGUCAGAGUCGAUGUAAAUUUGUAGAGAGGAACUGCUACUGAUAACUACUGGUAGUACAGAUGGAAACAAACGGACAAUAUUCUUUUACCGACUCCCUUGUACUUAAUAGUAGCACCACAUAAUCGAAAGCUUAGGUCAACCACCUCAGGUCACCCACACUUCUCUCAAGAAACGAUCAACUGGUUUUAAAUACAUGAGUGGGAGUUAUUCAUUUUUCGAUAUGGAAUUAGUCAUAC